UCAGCUCAGCCGCGGCGUGAGGCCGUACCGCCUCCCGUGAGCAGGCCGCCGGUGCCUGCGCUGGCCUCUCCUGCGUGGAAAGGCCUUUGGGGCAGCCAUGGAGCAGGCGCUGAAGUCCAGCGUCUGGAGGACCGUGGGGCUGUCACCCGUGAACUGCGGCCGUUGGUGGUGGGGGGUGAGGUACUGCUCCACUUGGGAGCAGCGGCCCCCACCCUUCGCACCGCCAGCCGCAGGUGGGGAUGAGGAAGGGCCACCCCGAGGCAGGAAUGGCAGCGGUCAGCUUCCCCCACCAGCCCUCCCGGAGGUUUCUCGAGCGGUGGCUGACUCCUGUGCCUCCCACGAGGGCCUGGCCCCACAGAGACAGCCGCCACCGUGGCACAAGUCGUACGAGAGAGGGGCCAGGCAGGCGGCACCAGCCAACAGGGAGCCGUGGAGCUCGCGAGAGGGCGGCUUCUCAAAGGCGAGGAAGAGGCUGGAACGAAAGCCUCUGUCCAUCGAGAGGACUAAAGGCUCAGAGAUCUUAUUUGGGAUCGCACCGUGUUCCCUGGCGCUCUCUCAGUCGAGGAGGGACCUGUUCAGGUUGUUCCUGAAGGAGAGCAGCGGCUCUCGGCGGCUCGUUACGAGUGAGUUUGUCCUUCAGGCCACGGCCCGCGGCGUCCCUGUGCACCACGUCAAAAGGAGAGAGCUGGAUGCUCUUUGCAGAGGUCAGGUCCACCAGGGAGUUUGUUUGGAGGCCACUCCUCUCCGUUUCAAGAGUUUGGAGGAAGCGGAAAAGCCUGAUUUGGGGGAUGAAGAGAGCCCGAACCGACAGCUGAUUUGGCUGGUGUUGGAGCAGAUCCAGGAUCCCAUGAACCUGGGGGCACUGCUGCGCUCUGCGUACUUCUUGGGGGUGGACAGAGUGGUGACAAGCCAGAGGAACAGCUGCCCCUUGACUCCGACAGUGAGCAAAGCUAGCUCUGGAGCUAUGGAAGUCUUCGAUGUCUACAGCACAGAUGAUCUCCGGAGCUUUUUGAAGGCUAAAACUGCAGAAGGCUGGGAAGUUGUGGGAACGGUCAGCAAGCCUGAGGACGUGGAAAAUGUUCCUGUCAUCAGUUGCUUGGCAUUUCGGUGGAAUAAACCCGUUAUUAUAGUAAUAGGUAGUGAAGGUGACGGACUUUCCCUAGAGACGCAGCUCUUGUGCCAUCGGAUGCUGGCCAUACCCCCUGGCAGAGCGCUUCACCCCGGGAUCGAGUCACUGAACGUCUCUGUUGCUACUGGUAUUCUCCUGCACUCCAUCUGCAGCCAAAAGCUGAGGCACGGUGAUUGAAAUUUUUUUUAUUUGGUGGAGGAAGCUGCUCGGCGUUUGUGGCUGUGCUCUGUUGGUGUGGAUAUGGAAGUGCUCUUCCCAGGGUCUUCACCGUCACUGCAAGUUGCAGGGAGAGCCCCGUUGACCUGAGCUGCAUCUUGGCUGACGCACAAUACCACCAGAACCUUGGCUUAACGCUGAAGUCGGACACUUGCACGUACUAGGUAACACCUCCCGCCGGCACCUCGGAGGAGCAGCUGUAAGGAAGGGAGACAAAGCUAGAUUUUAAAAGCAGACGGCCAAAUCCUUCAGUUCUUGCAGUAAAAUACCUGGGGAUGGCUGCGAGCUUUGUGCUUGUUGCACGGGGGACUUUGUACAUCGCUUGUGCUGUGGAGAGAAUUUGGGCUGUAGGUGAGAGACAGUGCCUGGCUGGUGCUGCCGCUGAGAGCACCCUGCGCCCGAGCCCACCACCCCCUUAGCAGCCGAGAGGGUGCUGGUGAGAGCCAGGUGUGAUUUAGGACUACUCGGUAGCAAUUUCUUCGUGACGAGGGGGUUUCUCUGUUACAUAUUGCUGCUUGAACGUCUGAAAACACACCGUGUUGUAUUUGGUUGUAAACCAGGUGGGCAGCCCUGCCAAAGGAUGGACGUGAGCUGUUAGAAAACAGCUGUAGUGGGGAAAAAACGCAGCCCAUUGAAAUAAAGCCUC